AUGAUCAACAGCGUGUGGAACGAGUACUGGAAGCAAUUCAGUAGUGGAGGUUCGAAAAUCAGAGUUUCAGAACGUUGUUUGCUCUUUCCAGGCUUCGUGACGCCGCCGGCUGAGAACAUCUCACCAGAGAAGUGUACGACGUCGUCCAGAGACCUCACCCCGUCUCCAGAAGAGUUCGAGGACGAAGUCGACGCAUUCACAGGUCUGUUCAGACACCUGAAUCGACAGAUCGUUAGUUUUCAGACGAGAGCUCUGACCCUAUUACUAUCGCCAAACGACGACGGACACGAACCAACUUUACAGGUUAUACUACCUGAAACUGGAAGCUUCGAUAAAUCAAUCAAUCAAUAUCUUUUACUUGUUCUAGUCAUGAAUGUAACAAACUAGGCGGUGAACAAUAAUUUCUCAGGCUAUAUCGAACAACCGCCUUCAGAAAAAUAGAAGUUUAAAAAUGAAGGGAAAACUUCGAAAGGAUCUCUUUGUUUUUCUGCGCGCAAUUGAUCUAGUUGCCCCAUGAAGAGUUCAGAAAAUAGCAGAUUUUGUAGCUGGAGCCCACAGAUGGUGCUCUUGGUGGUGGCCUCAAAAUAAUCAUAGAAGAAAUUCACGGAAUGAAAAAAAGAGUUUUAAACAAGCAAAAGAAAAGGAAUAGUCAAAAUUUUCAUUUCAAGUUGCUCUUCAGUUGUGGAUUUUUGUUUGAAUAAGAUAAGAUAACAGUGGCCAUUUUUAGAAAAGCACAAAGUCUUUGUUGAGCAACAUGAAAACAGGUAUUUGACAAUGGUAUUCAUCCCUGAGCCGACCCAACCAAAUGAUCUAAAUUUUAAGCAGAAAAAUCUUGAAACGACUUGAAGAACUUUCUUUUGAAUCUCGUUUCUUCAUCUUUCAUGGCAUCUAUUCUUGAUCACAGAAAUCUCAAGCUUAUCUUGAAAGAUUGAAUACUGAAAUAAUAUUAACUCAUUUAUAAUUUUUUUUCGUUAUCUCCAAUUUCUCUUUGAUGUAGAUUUAUUGAAGUUGUUACGUUUGAAAAUUCCUACUUUUAGAUAUUUGAAUUUCUCGGAAUUGACAGUAUUGGUUUCUGAUCCGAUUUUGUGUUAAACGUGAACUUCAUAAAUUCCUACAUCAAAAACUUGAAAGUUGGACAGGAAAAAAAACCAGAUUCUCAUCUAAACGUUUGAAGAGAGAGUUUGAACAAACAUAAGAAAACAUUUCGAACGUCACAAUUGAGUAGCUUUAACGGAUACAGGACUAUAACAGAAAAAAAAAUAUUUUACUUGUUUUCAUCGGUGGAUUCGAUUUUUAACGAACACGAGGCUCAGGCUGGCAAUUGGAAGAGCUGGAGAACGCGUUUGAGGCCAGCCACUACCCUGACGUCUUCAUGAGGGAAGCCCUAGCCAUGCGCCUCGAUCUGCUCGAAAGUCGCGUCCAGGUAAAAAGAAACAUACCUGUUACUCUAGCUAAUUGUGGUUCCAGGGUUUGAUCACUUUAUAUAGUUUUUUUUUCUAAAAUAUAUAUGGGCCAGGUAAACUCAGUAAAUCCUCCUCUCCCUUCUUUCUAAACUGGAAAAAGUUUUUGGUUUUGUUUUUCCAAUGUUUGUCUCAAUUGACAUCAAGAAAUCAAGUACUUUAUGUUUUCCUCAUCUUGUCGUUUAAGCUGUCGGAAUUCCCUCUGUUGAGCACCUAUAAUUGAAUGAAAGACGUCAUUUUUUGAUCAGAAGUUGAGCUUGGCUACCGUAGUCCACGAGAAAAAAAUUUCGUUGGCGGAAUGUUAUUUGGGCAAGAAGAGCCAAAAAUUUGUUUGAAACCGAGGAUUUUUGAAGGAUUGGCCCCAGUAUUUCUCCAAUUCCCUUUACGACCUCGCGUUCCCUGCGAAAGCAUUUUCGAAUACGGUAAUCUCCUCAAACCACAGAAAGAGUGAAUUCAAAAAAACUUUAUGUCUUGAAGAAAAAAAUCUUCAUAAAAUCAUGUAUUUGAUUAUAUUUUUUUAUUUUCUUCAGCUUAUUGAGUUCAAUUAAGUCUACAAUUUGCAGAACUGCUCGAAUGUAGAAUGUAGAGUGUACCUACUGAAAAUCACGAACAAAAGUUAUCGACUGCGACUUCAGAGAAUAUGGAAAAAUUUUUUCAAAAUAGUGUCAAUCUUGGAAAGAUCCUCGUUAUUAUUGAGAAAAUCAUCUCUUUUUUUGCCGUUGAAUUUAUCCAGGCCUUUUCCAGGUUUGGUUUCAAAAUCGGAGAGCAAAAUGGCGGAAAAGAGAGCAAUCGAAAAACGGUCCCGCAGUCGAAUUGGACUCCCUGGUGGAAUCCGAAAAGGUGGGAUAUCUUCCGAUCCCCGAGCAUUACUUAUUCUUGCAUAUAAUCGUCUUUUGUUCUAUAUCGAUGCUUUCAAUAACAAAGGAUUUAUAGUCAAUGUUUCCCGACUUGAAAGGCGAGGGAGGCGGGGCAAGGGGCGGGACGCGUAGCGUGUGCGUACGCGGUUCUUGGCGCCAGUUCAAUUCAAUCGCCGCCGACUAUUUAAAAAAAGCUCGGCAACCGCUCUUUUUUUAUUUUUCUUCUAUUUUUUUGAAGCACACAUGAACAUAAUCAAUAAAUAAUUAAAAAAGAAGUGAAAAGAGCGAUAAAAAAAGCUCUCUGAAUGCUCGCUAGCGCUUGAAUUGAACACGUGCCAAGAACCGCGUACGCACACGCUACGCGCCCCGCCCCUUGCCACGCCUCCCUCGCCUUUCAAGUCGGGAAACAUUGACUAUAUAAAAUUUCGUUGUUUUUUUUCUACAGAUUUGAGUUGCAAUAACUUCGGCAAAUUUUUCUAAAAGAAAAGGUUUUUUUUGACUCAACUUGCUCAUUGGUAAGUUUAUAUUCAGAAAUUUAGGGGCUCCGGUGUGUAGAAGACAUGUUGAUAAAGUUAUGUCCAUGCUUUUUCUUCUUCUUCUGAUAAUAUAUUGAACGGUUUGCAGCCGAGAGAAAAAUGUCCGUUUUCUAUUGAGAAUCUCCUGGCGGCAAGUCGAGUACCUCGAGGCCGACGUCCCAAUGCAAAAUACCCACGAGUUCAGGUAGAGAUGAUCUUCAAAAGAUCGAAAAAUGAAACAACCUAAUUGAAGUCUUCAGAGAAAAUAUUUUUCAAGGUUAUAGCUGUUUCAUGAAGUAUUACUCUAAAGAAUUUCAUUUACGGUUUACCGAAAAUGGAAAAUCAUUUAUCUCGUUGUUUUUCGAUGAUCGCUUUUCUUACAUGAAUCUACGAAAGGAUAUUGAAAAAGAUUGCUUUCAAAAUGUUGAGAGUUCAGAGCUUGAGUUUUUGAAGCUUUUUGAUAUAUAGUCAAUGUUUCCCGACUUGAAAGGCGUGGGAGGCGUGGCAAGGGGCGGGACGCGUAGCGUGUGCGUACGCGGUUCUUGGCACGUGUUCAAUUCAACCGCUAGCGAGCGUUCAGAGAGCUUAUUUAUUGCUCUUUUCACUUGUUUUUUAAUUAUUUAUUGAUUAUGUUCAUGUGUGCAUCAAAAAAUAAAAGAAAAUACAGAAAAAGAGCGGUGGCCGAGCUUUUUUUAAAUAGUCGGCGGCGAUUGAAUUGAACUGGCGCCAAGAACCGCGUACGCACACGCUACGCGUCCCGCCCCUGCCCCGCCUCCCUCGCCUUUCAAGUCGGGAAACAUUGACUAUAUUUGAACAAUUCAAAUAUUCUGAUUAUGAAUGAUGAGAGGAUAUAGACAGGCGAAAAACUUUCAAAAAUUGGCGAAUGAUGUCUAUUUUGAGACAUUCGAAAAAGUAACUUUAUCAUAAAGUUGGUAUAAUUUUUUUUUCUCACUUUGAACCCUUUUUUUUUUUAGAUAUUUUGACGAUUUUUUGGGUUUUAGGCAUGCAAAAACCUCUCGCCGUUCAUGUUGCCGUUGUUUCCCAUCACGCAGCCAGCCGGCCACGUCAUCAAUUCAAAAACGUCUUCCAGUGAUUAG